AUGGGUGAGCAAACCCACUACCGAGCCCAGCUGUGCUCUGGCGCCAACCCCAGGAAAUGCCAGGACCUAGGAGGCUCAAUUCUUCUGAUCCUGGUCAGCUUCAUCUUUCUCAACGUGGAGAUCAAAGUGGUGACUCUGCUCUGGAGGCACCUGAAGAGAUCCUUGCGGGCACUUUUCCACUAUAUUUUCCCCAAAGACAAGCAAGCCAGCUGUGUAGGUAGCCGUCGCAUGUGCAUGCGCUGCUCUGUGGAUCCCAAGAACCUGUGCUCAAGAGUUUCUUCCUGUUUCCGCCAUCGCCCAAGCUUCCUGCUCGGGCACCCAAACCACCUUGACUCCUGGAUACCAGACACAAAUGAUGAGAAGGCUUCUAAGUGCUGCUGGAUGCCACCUCAGUGUGGACAGGCUGGGGCUUCCACGGAGGCUCCACGGGGACUGUGGAAGGAGGGGGUAGUGGGAGCUGGGGACGCCCCUCCGGUCACAGCCUUAAAGUCCCAAGCCACCUUUUACUCCAGGUAAGAGACAUCUUCUAAGCUCCUCAGGAUGAGCAAGGUGGACGUGGUUCCACUCCACCUGCCCCAAGAGAGCAAGACUAAGACCCCAGACUAUGACCCAGCCCAGGCCCCAGCCCGGGCCCAGACCCGCCCCCCAGUUCAGCUCCCUGCGCAUGCUCCUUCCAAGGCCCAGACCUUCUCCUCAGCCCAACCCCCUGAGCACAGCACCCCCCAUGCCGAGACCUGCUCCCGAGGCCACGCCCAUGAGCACACUUCCGCCCAGGCCCAGGCCUUCUCCCUACACACCACCCCCCAGGCCCAGACCCCCUCCCCAGCCCUCACUCCUGAGCACAGCCCUGCCCAGGUCCAUGGCCCUGAGCAUACCUCAGCCCAUACCCCAGCCCAGGCCCAAGCCCAGGCCCCCUCACAUGCCUCAGCCCAGUCCCUGGGCCACACUUCUGUCUGCACCCUGACCCAUGCUCAUCUGACCUAUACCCAUGCCAACACUCUGGUCCCUCCCCCAACUUCUGCCCCUGCUACUACUCCUGCCCUAGCCCCUACACCAGCCCCUGUCCCGAUCUCUGCCACAACCUCUGUCCCAGCGCUGGUCAUGUCCCUGACGACCACUCCAGUCCCUUCCACCACCCCUACCCCCAUCCUAGACUCUAUUCCCUCUACCUUGUCUGCCUUCAGCCAAGGCCUCUCCUCCGGCCAUGUGGUCUAUGAUGCCCGCAGGGUAAAGCAGAACUUAUUCCAUGUGUGUCCCCCUCAGAACUCUGGGUAUUCCAGAAAGGACUUGGGUACCCUCUCCAGGCCCCAAGAGGGGCAUGGUCUGGUGAGCUCUGGUACAGCUGAGCAAAUACUGAAGCAAUGUAGUGGGGACAGUGCCAAGCCCUCCACAGGAUCCAUACUGGGUUACCUGGAAUUGGGGAAUAUGGAAUGGAAGAUCUCAAAUGAUGCCAAAGACAAAUCUGUACAGUCUAAGACCUUCCCUUUCUGUAGCUUCCAUCCUUGAAGGUCUGAGAAGAGAAACAUGGACCCCCAGACUCCAGUCUACCCCAAAUUCCUGGUGUACUCCAAGGAUGCUGCACCUUCUCAACCUUGCUUCCAUUCUCCGACGAAUGACCAGAGCUCACCAUGCACCAUGCCUCCACCAUGCACUCUUUCUCUGCCUCUUGUUUCUCCCAGAUCCUUUGUCCUUCAUCAACACAGCAACCACCAGAAGCCCUCCACCUUAACAACCCCCACCUUUCCCCCAACCUCCAAGUCUCCUCAGUCUGUCCUCUCUCCCCAGGGCCCCAUCCCUCCCCAGUUAUCCACUACUUCCCAAACCCCAAACCAGCCCCAACCCCCUGAACUUCAUGAGAGUCUAGACCUCAACCAAGGCUCUGUCUUCCAAAGGACCCCAGGCCCUUCAAAAGACUGUAGAGUUUCCAGAAACCCAGGCCUUACCCCAAAUCCAGGCCUCCACAAGAACCCAGGCCUUAUCCAAGACCCAAGCCUCCACAAGAACCCAGACCUUGCUCAAGAUCCAGGCCUCCACAAGCUUCCAGGCCUUACCCAAGACCCUUACCUCUGCAAGAAUCCAAGCCUUUCCCAACACUCUGAACUUCAGAAGAGUCCAGUCAUUACCCAAGAUUCUGGCUCCCAGAUCUUAGGUUCUACUCGAGAUGGACGUUUCUUUAAAAGCCCACAUCUCACCCAACCCUCUGGUCUCCACAAGAACACAUCAUUUCUCCAAACUUCUUACAUUCAGAGGAGCUCAGGCUUUAUGCAUGAUUCGGGAGUCUAUAGGAAUCUAGAACGAAACCAAGAGACUGUACUCUAUAAAAGUCAAGAGCUCUCCCAAAAAACUGGCUUCCAUAAUAUCCCACGCCCUUCUCAAGAUUCUGGAUGAAAGAGUACAGGUAAUGCCCAAGAUUCAGGAGCCUGCAGGAGCCAAGACCUUACUCAAGAUUCUGACCUCCAUAAGAAUCCAGGCCUUACCCAAGCCACUGAAGCCAAAAGGAGAUGUGGCCUUACCCAAGAUGCUGGAAUUUACAGGAGCUCAGAACAUACCCAUGACCCUAACUUCCACAAGGACUCAGGAAUUAAUCGAGAUCCUGGCCCCCAUAAGCGUCCAGCCCUUACUCAAGACUCUGGCUUAUCCAAGAGAUCAGGCCUCCAUAACAACUCAUGACUUAUCCCAAAUCCUGGCCUCCACAAGAACCCUCUAGGAACUGACUCUGUCCAAGUUUUGGGCCCACAUCAGACCCGAAAGUCAUUUAUAUCUGAGGCAGUUCCUCGAAAGGAGGAUGCAGGGCAGCACAUACCAUGGACUUCUGUCCCACCCAGUCAUGACUCCUGCUCUGCCAAGGCUCAGGUGGCCUACAAUGACCUGCAAACCUUCUCAGAGGUACCUGUACUGAUUGAGCUGCAAUCAUCCUCCCGGCGAGCAGGCAGCCAAGACUGGGUGUACCAACCCAUGGAUACAGUUCCUCCAGCCUGCCAGAACUAUCGCCAGAUGUCUACGCCUCCCAAAACCAGCUGGAAGCCCUACUGUCCUGGGUCAGGCACCCGGCUAGGGCAUGUGGUCUUUGACGCCCGCCAGAGACAGUUCAGAGCAGGCAGGGACAAGUGCGAAGCUCUGUCUUCCAGGCGCCUUCACCGAGAGACAUCCAACAACUCACGGAGACCAUCAAGGAGUGGGGAUAUCAGCGUGUGA